UCUUGUUCGAUAUUACCAAUUAUCACCGUCAGAGAGGCGACGAACAAUGAGAGGCCCAUCCAAGAGCUGCUUAAUCCCUUCUGACAUGGAGCUCAACGUUGGGUCUUAGCUGCUUGGGCUAGCCGAACCCCCGGAUCCACGGUCGAUGCAACCCUCCACUGUCUGAUAUCUGGCACCCUAGAAGUAAUACUAGUGGAGAGGGUUCUGAUUAGGAUCAGGAUGCAUACCAAAGAGCUGGUUAUCCAAAAUAAGUUCGGACGAUCGGAUAAUGAUGGGAUUAUCUGGCAGCUGCAACCUACUACUCUUUCCCUCCUUCCUUCCCGUUAAGUAAGUAAGGGCCUGCCUUGUUUUUAUACCGAAAUUCCUGCCCCAGAUACACGCUGUACCUGCAGUAUUCACAAACAUCUCCAGUCAGACCAGCCCUACCACACUUAUUCCUCUUCCUACCUACUAAGCCAAUUCCUCUUUUCCCCUUGUAUUAUAAUUAUCCACUUACCCAACCCAAUCGAGACUGGACUUCACCCCAACACCAACAUUCCGAUAUUGGGAUAUUGGAGGUGGCCAGCAUGGAGAACAUUCUCGACAGCCACCCCGAAUAUGUAUCGACUUCGCGGUUAGAUGAUCUGCGCGCUACCGAGUAUGGCUACCUUGACGAGCAGGACCACGUCUACCUCGACUUCACAGGCGCAGGACUCGCCGCCCGAUCCCAAAUCCGAGCCCACGAGACUCGACUCCAGCAAACUCUUUGCGGCAACCCGCACUCCAUUAACCCCACGAGUCAAUCCGCCACUCACCUCGUCGAGCAGGCGCGAGCCCGCGUCCUAUCCUACCUCAAUGCCUCCCCUGAAGAGUACACUGCAAUCUUCACCCCAAACGCAACAGGCGCUGCGAGGCUCGUUGCGGAAUCAUACCCCUUCACGAGACGAACCAGGCUCGUUCUCACCUCCGACAACCACAACUCCGUCAACGGCCUCCGAGAAUUCGCACGCCGAAAACACACACGGACCACUUACGUUCCAGUCCGCGCCCCGGAGCUGAGGAUAGACCCGUCUGACCUCAUGUCAGCACUAAACCUUCGCAGAGGUGGCUUAUUCGGCUCAGCUGCAGCUGCAGCUGCAAAACUAGCUCUGACCCCACGAACCACCAACGACGACGACACGGUCAACACCAAAUCCAAAAAGAGAGGUCUAUUUGCGUACCCUGCCCAAAGUAAUUUCAGCGGCGUCCGUCAUCCGCUGUCAUGGAUCAGCGUCGCGCAGAAGCAGGGGUAUGACGUGCUCCUCGAUGCGGCGGCGUACCUGCCGACCUCCAGACUCGAUCUGUCCGCAGGAUCCGGCGUCCAACCGGAGUUUGUCAUCGCGAGCUGGUACAAGCUGUUUGGCUACCCGACCGGCGUUGGCUGUCUCAUCGUACGACGCGAUGCUCUGGCGAAGCUCGCCACCUCACGGCCUUGGUUCUCGGGUGGAACCAUCACAGCGGCAUCAGUUGGAAUUCCCUGGCACGUCAUGGCGCCAGAUGAGGCUGCCUUUGAGGAUGGAACGGUCAACUUCUUGUCAAUACCGGAUGUUACUGUUGGGCUGGACUGGUUGGAAGGCAUUGGCAUGCCGUUGAUCGAUACCAGAGUCAGGUGCCUCACCGGCUGGUGCCUCGAUCUUUUACGGAAUCUCGAACACAGUGACGGGUCGCCCAUGGUCAGGAUAUACGGCCCGACGGAUAUGAAGCUGAGAGGGGGAACGAUUUGCUUCAACUUUUUGGACAUUGGUGGAAGGGUCGUCGAUGAGAGACUGGUUGCCAAAGAAGCCUCUGUCGAGAACAUAUCACUACGAACGGGCUGCUUCUGUAACCCCGGUGCUGGAGAAGCUGCCUUUGGUCUGGACAAGAGGGCUUUGUUACCGCUCACCGGCAUUCAGAGUGACUCUCUGGACGACUACGUCAGGCUUUUGGCACCUGUGGGUGCCGUACGGAUCUCGUUUGGGUUCAUGACGACGACAAAGGACGUGGAUCGCUUGCUGGACUUUGUAAAAAGGAGAUACACCGACAGGCUGACAACAGCUAAUGGCCUUCCGCCACACGAACACUGUUGA